AUCUCCAGCUCCUCCAGCUGCAGCCCUUUGGACUAGCCGCUUCCUUUCCAGGUGCCAGCCCCUACAGCACAUACACAGUGGAGCUGCAGCAAUUGAGCUGCUGAGCCCUUACUUCUUAGAAGAUUUCACACUGAAGCUCUGCCUGCCUGACUUUCUUGUUCUGGAGGAUCUGCAUUAAAUUUUCCCUUCUGGGCUACUUUCUAGAGCAACUGGUUGUUGUCCCAGAGAUCAUCAAGGUGACUAACAGGGACCCCCAAGUCUGAAAACAGCAAAUAUGACUGCAGCAGUGAAUAACUGUUAACCGAAAGGAUUUAUUUAGAAGACAGACAAGAUGCCUUUUGAAGGGUUUAGUUCACUGAAAGACAGAUUUUUGAAACCAGGGAGGGAAGACGUGAAGACCACUGUUAGUGACUCUCUGGGGAAUCUGCAAAGAAAAAUUGAUGGAACCAACACAGAAGAUGACCACAUUGAACUGACUGAAGAGGGAAGGCCUGUGUUGGCAACCACUCACAAACCUCCCCUAUGUGACUGCUAUUGCUGUGGACUACCCAAGCGCUACAUCAUUGCUAUAAUGAGUGGUCUAGGCUUUUGCAUUUCUUUUGGAAUUAGGUGCAAUCUGGGUGUUGCCAUAGUGGAAAUGGUUAACAACAGCACCGUCUAUGUGAAUGGAAAACCAGAGCUUCAGAAAGCUCAGUUCAGCUGGGAUCCAGAGACAGUAGGACUUAUACAUGGCUCAUUUUUCUGGGGUUACAUUGUAACACAAAUUCCAGGAGGGUUUAUCUCAAACAAACUAGCUGCUAACAGGGUAUUUGGAGCAGCUAUUUUCCUAACAUCUACAUUGAAUAUGUUCAUCCCAUCUGCUGCAAGAGUACAUUAUGGCUGUGUUAUGUUUGUAAGAAUUUUGCAAGGUCUCGUAGAGGGCGUGACCUAUCCAGCGUGCCAUGGGAUGUGGAGCAAAUGGGCUCCCCCACUGGAGAGAAGCAGGCUGGCAACCACGUCUUUCUGUGGUUCUUACGCUGGGGCAGUGAUUGCCAUGCCCUUGGCAGGGGUAUUGGUACAGUAUAUAGGAUGGCCAUCAGUCUUUUACAUUUAUGGAAUGUUUGGAAUUGUUUGGUACAUAUUCUGGUUGUUUCAUGCCUAUGAGAGCCCUGCUGCACAUCCAACAAUAACCAGUGAAGAAAGGACAUACGUAGAAACAAGUAUAGGAGAAGGAGCCAGCCUAGUUAGUGCAAGUCAAUUUAGUACCCCUUGGAAGAAGUUUUUCACUUCAAUGCCGGUAUAUGCAAUCAUUGUGGCAAACUUUUGUAGAAGCUGGACCUUCUAUUUGCUGCUUAUAAGUCAGCCUGCUUACUUUGAAGAGGUCUUUGGCUUUGCAAUUAGUAAGGUUGGCCUUUUGUCUGCAGUUCCACACAUGGUCAUGACAAUUAUUGUUCCCAUUGGUGGGCAAUUAGCUGACUUUUUACGAAGCAGAAAGAUUUUAACCACUACCACUGUAAGAAAAAUAAUGAAUUGUGGAGGUUUUGGCAUGGAAGCAACUUUGCUUUUGGUGGUUGGUUACUCUCAUACAAGAGGUGUGGCUAUUUCCUUCUUGGUGCUGGCAGUAGGAUUUAGUGGAUUUGCUAUUUCAGGAUUUAAUGUCAACCAUUUGGAUAUUGCACCCCGGUACGCCAGCAUUCUGAUGGGGAUCUCCAAUGGUGUGGGGACACUGUCUGGAAUGGUGUGCCCACUCAUUGUUGGUGCGAUGACUAAACACAAGACCCGGGAAGAGUGGCAAAAUGUCUUUCUGAUAGCAGCUCUCGUGCACUACAGUGGAGUGAUAUUCUAUGCUAUCUUUGCUUCUGGUGAGGAGCAAGAAUGGGCUGACCCUGAAAGCCUCAGUGAAGAGAAAUGUGGCAUAAUCGACCAAGAUGAACUGGCUGAAGAAAUGGAACUGAACAGUGAAACUUUUGUUAGUCCAAAGAAAAUGUACGGCGCUACCAGUCAAAACAACAUUGUGCGGAAAAAGGCAUGGAGAAAGCAAAAGGGAGUAACGCAGGAUAUAGAGGAACAGACUUCCUACCAUUAUGAAAAUGGAAAUUUUCAAGAUAGGUCAUAAUAUCUGAAAAUGUGUGAUUGUGUGGCAAGUGCCCCUGUCCUCUCCUGCCCAACCGCCUGCUAGUCAGACUGUAUCCAUAUGUACUUGCUUAUUCAUUCAUGGAGAAUCCUGCCAAAUGGUUGGAUGUAAGAUGUAGUAAUUCUCUCCUUGAAGCACAGAAAAAGAGCUAAUAGAAAUAUAACUGGCAAACCUAAGUCUGGCUUUCAAUCAGAUGUGUAGGAUGGACUGAGGGCUCCCUGUACAACCCUAUGGAAUUUAGCAGAGUUCCACAUUGGUGUAGUGGGUCUGUCUGCUUGGCUCUGAUUGUGGGAGUAGGGCCUUUCAAGUAAGGAAAAGGCCAUAAUAGGUUGUGGGAUUCAUGGUAAUUUAAUGAUAUUCCCCCUACUACAAUGUGUGUUUACUAGGAAGCCCAUAGAUACAGAAGUCUGGCCAUGAUUGUCCGUGUAGGACGGGGGUCUCAAACUGGGGGUCGUGACCUCUCUGGGGGUUGUGAG